AUGAGGCCGGCCCCUCCUGAGGAGAAGAUUGAAUCUCUGAUCUCGAAACCGAAGAAAGAUAAUAAGAGGAAAAGGUCUUCGAAGCUCGAAGAUCCUCAAAACAAAGCGGGCCCUGCUCGGAGGCGCAGGAAGAACGUCAUCAUCAAUGUGGACAUAGACUCAGUCCACCAGUUCAUGGAUGACGAAAAUGACGAGGUCGAGGAUUCGACUCUGGUGACUCAAACCAAAAAAUCAACCAAGACUGCCAAACCUACCAAAACCGAGGUCCUUAAUCAUGAUGAAGGAACCUCGAAGGAAAAUAAGGAAGAAGACCCCGAGUCGCCUGACAUCGUGGUUGUUCCUCAACCUUCUGCAAGUACGCCGAAAGGGGGGGCCCAACGUCUCUUCUCUAAGGAUUUUACCAAGUUUAAGGCCGAGCUGAGACAAUGUGAGGCCGAGCUAAAUAGAUCCUUGGGUGAAUGGAAGGCCUUGAGGCUCCUUUGUGAUCAAAAGGAGGAGGAGCUUAAAGACCUUCGGGAAGAGUUGACCAGGGCUCAAGAAUAUGAGGACGAGCUGGAGAAGCAGGUAACUAACGUUUUGAAAGAAUAUGGGCUUCCCCUCCCAACUAUGAAAGCUAAUACUUCGAUGUCUCAGCUGCAGCAGAAGGUGGAGAUGUUGGAGCAGCUUCGAGGUGAGGUUGGUCGGGUUAAUGCCGAGUGCAACCAAUGGAAAGAAAAGAUGGACCUUCUUGCUGCGGGGAAGGAAGCUGCACAAACCAAACUAGCAGCAGCAGAGGCUCAGCUAAGAAGUGUAAGAGAGAGAAGUUCGGCCCAGGCCAAAAAGAUUGCCGAGCUCGAAGCUAAACUUGCUAAAGACGAAGCCGAAGUUGCUGAAGCAAGGGUCGAGGCCAAGAAGACUCAGAUUACGGCUGAUAAAACUGUUGUCGUAUAUUUGAGGGACACCGAAGCUGCUCAAAUGGAGCUGAGAGAAGCUGUUGAUCAGGAAAAGGGCUUUGAUCUCACUGAGGAGAUAGCCCAAGCUAAGGCGGAUGAAGCCGAUGCCAGAUUCCUUAUCUCCUUGGAUGAUGAUGAUGAUGUCAAAGGCGGCCAAGGUGGGUCCGGAAAUGAAGAAGGUUCCGAAGAAGAGACCACUCCCGAUGGAGAGGCUGCCCCCGAGGAAGAAGCAGUUCCAGGAGGAGAAGCUGCCCCCGAAGGUGGGAAUACUCCCUCGGUGUAG